UCUAGGGGGAGGAGCUUUAGGACGGGUCAGACCUUUGAUUUUUUUUAUUGUAGCUUGCUUGAACGGCUUUUUCCAAGGACUUGCACGACACCUUCAACAAUCCUGGUAAAUGAAAGCAGGAGGCGUGUCCUGGUGUAAAACCUACCUGUUGACAUGAUCAGACGUCCGGGUGCAGUAGUGCGACUUUGGUGGAUGCAAGCUGCCGUAAAACACCAGAGAAGAAGACCGGACGUCCAUUUUGCAUCAAAUCUGUCUGCAGGAUCAGUAAAGUUCCAGACCACCUCCUCUUUGAAAAUGGCUCAGGCGAUCCUGGACGUGAUGCCCGGAGCCUCGACGGGGACCGUGCAGGUGUCGGACCCGCUGAACUUCUGGGCUGGAAAACGAGUCGAACCGAGGCAGCAGAAAAAUGCCGAGCCCGUGUUCGAGCCUGCAACUGGUCGUGUCCUGUGUCAGAUGGUGCCAUGUGGAGCUGAAGAGGUGGAUGAAGCCAUUCAGAGUGCUUACUCUGCCUACCUAAAAUGGCGCAAGAUGGCUGGGAUGGAGAGAGCUCGGAUAAUGCUGGAGGCUGCCCGUAUUAUCAGAGAAAAAAGGGAGAAAAUUGCAAAGCUGGAAGUGAUCAACAACGGGAAGUCCAUCACUGAAGCUCUGGUGGAUAUUGAUAUUGCAUGGCAGUGCAUUGAGUACUAUGCUGGUCUGGCUGGGGCGCUUGCAGGUCAGCACGUCCAGCUUCCCGGUGGAGCGUUUGCCUACACCAGGAGGGAGCCCCUUGGUGUGUGUGUGGGAAUCGGUGCAUGGAACUACCCCUUCCAGAUUGCAGCCUGGAAGUCCGCUCCUGCUCUUGCAUGUGGUAAUGCCAUGGUAUUCAAGCCCUCUCCCUUCACGCCUGUGACUGCUGUGAUCCUGGCUGAGAUCUACAAAGAGGCGGGGGUGCCCGAUGGGCUCUUCUGUGUGGUCCAAGGUGGAGCCGAGACUGGCACCAUACUCUGCCAACAUCCCAAAGUUGCCAAGGUCUCCUUUACUGGCAGCGUUCCAACAGGCAAAAAGGUCAUGGAAAUGUCUGCCAAGGGAGUGAAGCAGGUGACUUUGGAGCUUGGAGGGAAGUCUCCCCUCAUUAUCUUCAAAGACUGUGAUCUGGAGAACGCAGUGAGGGGAGCUCUCAUGGCAAACUUCCUGACACAGGGACAGGUGUGUUGCAACGGGACCAGAGUGUUUGUGCAGAAGGACAUCAUGCCACAGUUCCUGGAGGAAGUGGUGAAGAGGACCAAGGCUAUCCUGGUGGGCGACCCCCUGCUCGACAGCACCAGAAUGGGAGCACUGAUCAAUAAGCCCCACCUGGAGAAGGUGCUGGGGUUCGUCAGUCAGGCCAAGCUGCAGGGAGCCAGAGUUCUUUGUGGAGGAGAACGGUUUGUUCCCAGCGACCCUAAACUGGUGAACGGGUACUUCAUGUCCCCAUGCGUACUGGAUAACUGCAGAGAUGACAUGACCUGUGUGAAGGAGGAGAUCUUUGGCCCAGUCAUGUCCGUCCUGCCUUUUGACACGGAAGAGGAAGUGGUCCAGAGAGCCAAUAACACCACAUUUGGAUUGGCCUCAGGCGUCUUCACCAGGGAUAUAUCUCGAGCUCACCGUGUGGCGGAGAACCUGGAAGCAGGGACUUGCUUCAUUAACAACUACAACAUCAGCCCUGUAGAAGUGCCAUUUGGAGGGUACAAGAUGUCCGGUUUUGGCAGAGAAAACGGCCAGGUGACCAUCGAAUACUACUCCCAGCUGAAGACGGUGGUUGUGGAAAUGGGCGACGUGGACAACUACUUUUAAACUCCACAAUCAUUUAUACAAUACACGAGAGCUGUGAAUAACACUUUAUUUUUACCCUCACUGCGGAGUACAGAAUGCACUUUGUUCACACACCACACUAACUAGCUCCGGACACAUCCUGAACCUCCUGUGAGCAACAUGAGACGCACAUGGAUGUUAAAUGAAAGCUGUGCUAUUGCAAACACCAAGAGCCUUAAUCUGAAAAUCUGAUUACAGUUGGGUCAGUACUAGGACAUGUUUAAUUUUUCUAAAGUUUGCUUUUGUAAUUGCCUUUUUCUUCCUUGCAAGUAAAAUGAAGUCUUUUGACAA